CUAGCAGUCAGCUUCACACACUCCUCGUACAAACUCGGUAAACAUAAGUUUGUAAGCACUAACAAAAACAAAAUUGGAAUGUUCCCUCUUAGUUGCUCUCUUGUCUUCAAAAACUGCGCUGUUUUUGGCACAAGACAAGCAAAAGCAUAACUCUCUAACUUCCCAACCCCAGUUAUAAAUAAACUAAUUCAUCCAACACUCACAAACAAAAACACACUAUUCAAUCGUUUUUUUCUUCUUCCCUUUCUAUCUGAAUUCUCCGUUCGUUAGUUCCAAAGAAAAAACCCGAACAUGGCUUUCGGAUUCGGGUCAUCCGAGGAUGUAUCCGGUUUCAAAUUCUUGUUCCUCAUGGCGGUGGUGUACGGUCUAAUGUCGAUGCUUACAUACUCCGUUAUUCACAUGAAGUUCAUCAACCCACUCCUUAUCGACGCUCCUCUCGAUCUAUUUUCCGAAGGAAGAGCCGUCCAACACGUUCGAAUGUUGUCUCAAGAGAUCGACGGUCGUCACGAAGGACGUCCUGGGUUGAAAAAAGCUGCUCAAUAUAUUACGGCUCAGUUGGAAUUAAUUAAGGAACGAGCUAACUCCAAUGUCAGAAUUGAGAUUGAAGAGAACACUGUUAGUGGCUCCUUCAAUAUGAACUUUUUGCGUCACAACAUAGCUUUGGGAUACAGAAACCAUACUAAUAUUCUUAUGAGGAUAUCAUCUAUAGAUUCCAAAGAUACUGAUCCAUCAGUUUUAGUAAACGGGCAUUUCGACAGUCCGCUUGGUUCCCCUGGCGCUGGUGAUUGUGGUUCAUGUGUUGCAUCAAUGCUGGAAAUUGCAAGACUAAUUGUGGACUCUGGUUGGGCUCCUCACCGCCCGAUUAUUUUCCUUUUUAACGGUGCUGAGGAACUUUUCAUGUUGGGUUCACAUGGGUUCAUGAAGACACAUAAAUGGCACGACACAAUAGGAGCUUUUAUAAAUGUGGAGGCAUCUGGGUCUGGAGGUCCCGAUUUAGUAUGCCAAUCUGGACCAAGUUCUUGGCCUUCUAAUAUCUAUGCAGAAGCAGCAAAAUACCCUAUGGCUACUAGUGCAGCUCAGGAUGUUUUUCCUAUUAUUCCUGGAGAUACAGAUUACCGAAUAUUUUCUGAAGACUACGGAAGCAUUCCCGGGCUUGACAUUAUCUUCAUCCUUGGUGGUUAUUUUUACCAUACCUCCUACGAUACAGUAGAGCAACUAUUACCCGGAAGCAUCCAAGCGCGUGGAGAGAAUUUGUUCAGCAUAAUCAAGGCUUUUACUAACUCUUCUAAGUUACAUAACACCUAUCAGACAAACUAUAUUGAAGUUAGAGCUAGCUUAUUCGAGGAAGAGCGGGCUGUAUUCUUUGAUUAUCUCUCGUGGUUUAUGAUAUUUUAUUCCAAAAGGGUAGCUAAAAUUCUUCACAGCAUUCCUAUCUUCUUGUUCAUUAUUAUGCCUUUUACGGGUCGUCGGCCGCAGUCUUGGCUGGCAAGUUUGUGUGAUUUUGUGAAAGGAUUUCUGUUCCAUGCAGCUGGGAUUAUAUUGGCAAUUAUUGUUCCUGUUGCGUUUUCUUUGCUGAGAUUACUGUUUUCUUCUCAGACAAUGAAUUGGUUUGCUCAUCCAUUCUUGGCUUUCAUGAUGUUCAUACCCUGUGCACUUGUCGGUCUUAUAAUUCCAAGAUUCAUCUGGAGAUGCUUUCCUCUUUCUCAAGAUGUCACAAUUGUCAAGAGAUCAAAAGAGGCACUAUCUGAUGAAGCAAGGUUCUGGGGAGCAUUUGGGUUCUACGCCGUAUUAACUAUGGCAUAUCUUGUAGCCGGCUUGAGUGGAGGUUUUGUGACUUUUCUUGCAUCUGCUUCCAUGCUUCCUUCUUGGAUAUCCUUCUGCUUAUCAGUCAAAUCCUUUGGACGACAUUCAUUCAGGUCAACAAUGUUUUACAUAUUGCCUAUGGUUCCAAGCCUUGCAUACGCUGUUUAUUUUGGAGGCUUUCUUUCCCAGUUUCUGAUAGAGAAAAUGGGCAUGAUGGGUUCUCUUCCUCUACCAUACGGGCACUAUGUUCCUGACGUUAUCGUAGCUGCAAUAAUUGGACUUGUAACCGGUUGGUCUGUGGGCCCUCUGAUGCCCAUUUGUGGUCAUUGGUUAGCAAGGUCAUCGAUUUUGCGAUUUCUGUUGCAUCUUAGUAUGCUUGCUUUGGCAAUAUCAUCUCAGUUCUUUCCUUACUCCACAACUGCACCUAAGAGAAUUGUUUUUCAGCAUACUUUUCGAACUGCAGGCUCAAGUCAGAUAAUGGAAUCAACUUAUGAUUUUUCUGUACUAGAUUCUAAUUCGUUAGAAUUCAUUUUCAAACACUCACCUGAAGUUGCAAAGAUAUUGAAUGUUACUUCGGAGUUUUCGUUUGAAUCUGCAUCACUGUCUAAACGCCACGAUUGGAUGGUAAUUUUUCCAGUUUCUACUCUCUUUUCAAAUAGUCUCAAGUUCCCUACAAAAUGGGAUGAUAUUGUGAAGCAGUAUGAAUUCUUUCCCGCAUUGUCUGUUCAAAAUACAUCUUCAAAUUCUGAAAAGGGACUCAGAAGAGUUCACUUGGAGCUUUAUUUAGGUUCCUUAGAAGAGAUCUGGGUUACAGCUCUUAACAUCACUGGUCCAUUAUCCAGUUGGUCAUUUGCAGAUAAUGUGCUUCCAGGAACCGAAACUUAUGAUGGCGGUCCACAAUCGUAUAUAUUACGGCUUAGUGGACCUAGUGAAGGGAAUUGGUCCUUCUGGUUAGAGGCUAACAGCUCUGAAGCAUUGAGAGUGGACCUUUCAGUUUUGGACCAAAAGUUGGUUGAUCCAGCAAAGAGAUUGAAGGAUCUUUUCCCAAAAUGGGUUGAUGUAGUUGCCUAUUCUAGUUUUAUAUCCAGCUAUACCUUUUAAUGAGCAAUUUGUUGUGAUAAAAAUGUAUAGUAUAGGCAUAGGAAUUGAUACAAUAAUUAAUUUAGUUCAUUUAUAUAUCUCAAACCUAUUUUCAACACAGGAUUUUGAUGUUUAUGUAAGUUUUUUAGAUGAAACAAGUUACCUGGUAUCUAUAGAUGCAAAAUCCUAACCGAAAUUUGAUGCUAAGGAAUGCCAUAAACCUCUGCUGAAAUUUGAUAUUU